AUGUGCACCUACGAGGAGAUGAUUGAAGCGAAUGCUGAUAUCAACAUCACAAAGGAUGAUCUAUCCAAGGAGAUGGCUAGCUGCGAGUUGGAGGUCCAAGGCGAUGAGUGGCAAGCUCCAAUGGAAGAGGUUUGGAAGCAGCCAGACAUCUCCAGAACAACUUGUUUGUGGCAGAUCAAGACUGAUGUGGUGGACCAGCUUGCAGAAGACUGGGAAGUCGAGGAAGACCUUUGGCGGUGUUUACCUCAGCAUUGGCAGGCCAUCCUGAACAAGCAUUUGGCUGCUUUCCAUGGAAGGCUUCAAGACUGUGAAGCAUUGUACCGCCACAGGUUGGAGCAGUUUGGGGCAAAUGAUGUGAAAACCAAGAACGCUUUCACCAAGCUUGAGAACACAAAGAGUGGCAAGGGCUCUGAUGAGAUCAUAUUGAUUUGUAAGAAAACCGGCAAGGAGGCGUCUCCCGAGGUCUACAACAAGUCUGUUCUGAAAGGAAAGGCUGCGCAAGGGGCUGUCAAGGUCAACUGUUCCAAGUUCAUUGAGGCCUACCAGCUUUCGAUUACCAACUUGACCCUGCGACAGCUGUCCCAGACUUCAGAGGAGAAAGUGAGGGAACUCCGGAUUGUGAGUGCUGAAGAUGGGGAUGAGGCAGAGAAAGAGCUUGCAAUGGUGGCUGCUGCCGGGGAGAUCAAUGAAGAACCUGCUGAAGCAGUGCUUGAGGCAAAUAUGCCUGCUGACUUGGAGGUAGCUGAGGAAAUUGAGCAGACAGGCAAGGCUGGUCACAAUGAUCAUGGAGCAUUGUCAGAUAAUGAUGACAUCGCCAGCGAAGAUGAUGGGGUUAGUUUUGAGCUUUGUGACACCAGCUUCGUGUGUGAAGGAAGUACGAACGCAAGCUCAUCAGCAGACACACCAUCUGUGGCUACUACUCCCAAAGGCUCUGGGUUUUUGGAGUCGCCAGCCUUCCAGUUCCUCAAUCAGUUGGGCAUGGCAGAUCUGCCAAAUGUCACAGGCUGCGGAUUGGCCUUACAUGGCACUAUUCAAAUGUGGCAGGUCAGGUAUCCCACAGCGGAAGCUGGUCAGAAGAUGUCCCGUGCCCGUUCCUGGGGACAUCUUCCCAAAAAGGGGCAUGUCUCUUGCUGUCGGGCCUUGCUCGAAGUUCUUCUAUGGGGCUGGGAGCGCCACCAAGCAGAAAAUCCAGCUUGCGCAGCUACCAAGCAGAAGGUUUGCACACUCAAGGGCGCUUUGGUUGUGGGCCUUGGCCGGGAUUUGAAGCAAUGA